CUUAGUCUUGUCACACUGGUAUUACAUAACUAUUAUCAUAUUUUCUGUUAUCAUAUUUUAAUUUUAUAAUAUUAUGUUUGUUAAUAUCUUUUUAUUACUACCUAAAAAAAAAAAUGAACCAUAACCAAUUACAGCAUUUGUUGUACGCUGCUAUUGCCGGUAUUUGCGGAUCUUCAGCCGGAUUAUUCGGCAAAAUUGGAAUGGUAGUGGAUAAAAUUUUUAACAAAAACCAAGUUAUAAUUGUCAAUAUAGUGAGAUUCUUAAUGAUUGUUUUGGUUAUUUUGUCUAAUGUUGGUGUUUGGUUGAUGUACACUAGAUCAUUACAGUUUGGUUCUACUCUUAUUUCAACUGGCAUAAGUAUUGCAUCAAAUUAUAUUUUUACUUUUGUCAAUAGUUCAUCAAAAAGGCGAUUUAAACAAAAAUUGGAGGCUCUAAAAUUCAUGUAGCCACUCUAUACCAAAUAUUAAAUACAGCUUUGAGCAAGCUUCAAAAUAAAAAUUGUAGAUUUAAUUAGUUUUUUAUUAGAUAUAAGUAAAAUUGUAGCACAAACUAAUAAAAUUCAAUAUCAAUUCAAAAAGGUUGAUAAAUUUUAAGUUAUAAAAUUAUUUGUUAUUAGGGAUAAAAAAAAAAAUUAAUUUAAAUUAAUUAAUGAAAUUUCCAUUUUUUAUAUUAAAAAUUUUUAAUUAUUAUUAUCUUGUAUUAAAUCAGGCGUUAUGU